AUGGCUGCUGGCCCGGCGGUUCUGGGUAGCGCCAUGGACCUCAUCUUGGAGUAUGCCGACUAUUACGCACUGGAUGCAUUGUACCCUGCAACCCUCCAUCGCGAUGACAUUUAUCGGCAGGUUGCGUCGAUCUCAGGAGUUACGCUUGUGGGCGGGUAUCUGCUCUACCUCUUGGGCGCUGAACUGGCGUACGAGUUCCUGUUCGACAAGGAGCUGAUGAAUCACCCCAAGUUUAUGAAAAACCAAAUACGCAGUGAGAUUUUGGCCUCUAUGAAGUCAAUCCCCGUGAUGGUAUUGCUGGCACUCCCGUGGUUCCUCGCUGACGUUCGCGGUUACUCCAAGACGUACCCGGAAUUCGGCAAGCACGGCUACUGGUUCGAGGUUCAAACCGUAGUUACCUUCAUCGUCUUCUCGGAUAUGCUGAUCUACUGGCUCCACCGAUGGUUGCAUCACCCAUUCAUCUACGCGACGCUACACAAGCCACACCACAAAUGGAUUAUCUGCUCUCCGUUUGCAUCUCACGCCUUUCACCCGAUGGACGGCUACAUCCAGAGCUUGCCUUAUCACUUCUACAUCAUGCUAUUCCUCAUCCACCGCGGGUUAUUUCUCGUGUUGUUUGUAGCGGUCAACUUCUGGACCAUCAGUAUUCACGACGGAUGUUAUCUUUCGCAGAACAAAAUCGUCAACGGGGCGAUGCAUCACUCAGUGCACCACGAACUGUUCGUCUACAACUACGGCCAGUACUUCACGUUUUGGGACCGUCUUUGCGGAUCUUAUCGCGAACCACCCACCACCGGAUACUCUGUGCCCAAAGCAAAGAAAGCGUAA